AUGAUUUUUAUAAUUUUAUUGGUCAUUAUAAACAAUUAACUAUGCUAGUCAAGGAUAUUUGAAAUAAAAGAAGAUGAUGGUAAGCUCAAAAUGGAAACUAUGAAUGGAUUCGAAAUUGAAUUAUUCUUCGAAUUAAGUUUAUACAUUAGCUAAUUGAAUUUAAUUUAAACCUCAAAGUGCACUUAAAAUUGUAAGGAUUGUACUAGACGUCAGUGUUAUUUAGGUAAUACAGAACUAGAUUACUUUGAAAUUAAAAUGUAUGAUUUGGACACUUAAUCAAUGGUUCUUUAGCCUUUAAUAUAUUUAAAUGAUUAAAAUUAGAACCACUCCUCUUCUCUAUUAUCUUUGUCGAAUCCUGUACAUCAUAUAAAUUCUUUUGUGAAUGAUGGCUUUUAAUUAUGUUAAAGUAAAACAGAUAAAACAUUUGAAACCUCAUUAUAAAUGAAUUUGAAAGACAUCCCUCUCUAAAAAGUAUUAUUGUCACCAAUUUUAUCAAAAAAAAGUUACACUACAUAAAUAUAAAUAAAUUACUUGAAAUUUGGAGAUACCUAGAUUGAUAUAUCAUCUCACUUAAUUUUUCUUAAUCUUGGACAAGAAUAACUCUUUAAGUUCGAUCCUCGUUUUAAUGACACAUAAGAUGAAUUAAAAUUUGGGAAAAUAUAAUAAAACUCAGAAUUCAAUCAUUUUCCUGAUUAGGUUUUUAGUAAUUUAUAAUCAGAGUUUGAAAAAGCGGGAUUCAAUUUUAUAAAUGUCGAGGGUAAAUUUAUAUUGGCAGGCAGAGGUUUAAAUGAAAAUUCGAAGUAUGAUUUAAAAUUUUUCAAUAAAGAAAAUGAAGAACAUCCAAUCAUUUUAUCCCCAAAUCAAUAUGUAUAAGAGUUCGAUGGUUGGCAGAUGCUUAAGUUUGUUAUAACGAAAAAUAUCUAAUCAAUAGUUCUGGGAUCAUCAUUCUUCGAGAAUAAGAAAGUGUAAUUCGAUUUUAAAGAAAACUUUGUUACUAUUUAGAAUUAGUUUGAUGAGAGAUGUUUUUAAUAUGAAAAAUCUACUCUUUAUUAGCAAGAAACACUUGUAUUAUAGGUAUCAAUUCCAUUAAUUAUUUUGCUGGCAUUAUUUUUAAUAAAAUAUUAAAAUAAUGAAGCAAGCCCUGAGUAUUAAGGAGAAGAUCCUAUUAAAAUGUGA